CGCCUGCCUGCCUCCUCCCCACGCGCGACGGGAGCAGAGCGGCGCGGCCCCUUUAAGAGCCUGGCUGGCGGCCCGGCCCAGCCACGUGCCGCGGGGGGUCAGGCGCCCCGGCCGGCGGGGGCUCGAGCCCUGCGGGCGGCCGGCGUUUGCCAGCUCCGCCGGGCUCCCAUGGCUCCUCCCGGCGCCUUCAGACACCUGAGCCUGGCGCUGGGCGCCGCCGUGGCCGCCCUGGGCUCGCUCCUCUUCAUCGCCUGGAGAACCUACUUCCCCGGCGGCGGCCGCUGGGGGGCGCGCUGGGAGCCGCCGCUGGCCGCGGGACAGCUGGAUUUCUCCAUGCGGCAGGUCCUGGUGCUGGGCCUGGAGGGAGCUGGGAAGAGCAGCGUUCUCCACUACAUCUCCAGCGAGGCAGCCAAGGACCGCACAGCUCCCACCCAGGGCUUCAACUCAGUCCAAGUGUAUGCAGACGGUUUCCAGAUCGACCUGCUGGAACUUGGCGGCAGCCAGAACCUGCGGUUUUACUGGAACCAGUACCUGAGUCAGGCCCACGUGCUGGUGUUCGUAGUGGACGCUGCAGACAGGCCGCGCCUCCCCGCAGCGCGACAGGAGCUGCAGUGGCUGCUGGCUGAGGACCCUCGCUUGCCCUUGGUCGUCCUGGCCAAUAAACAGGACAAGAGCGAUGCCCUGAGCGCGGCUGAGCUGCACCGGGAGCUGGCCCUGCACACGCUGAACGAACAGAGGGAGUGCUUCCUGCUGCCCACGAGCGCCACGCACGCCGCGCUAGCCACUGCCACCAGCAUCCGGCACGUGAAGAGUCUGCUGGUGGAACUGCUCUCCCAGCUCUGACGUGCUCUUCACACCCUAGGGACAGGCAGGUUGGACUGACCCUGCUGCUGCUCGUGUUUGCCUGGACUGGAGACUGCUGGCUCUGCACUGACGGGCCAGAGCCGCUCUACUCCCAUGCACUCCUUUGGGGCCUAUGCAAGCUGCCCGCAGCUGGCCGGCCCAGUCAUGGAUCUGUGGCAAGAGGGGAGAACAGCCUUUGUCCCCUGGCAGCUCAAGGGCAGAGUCUCCCACCUCUAGAUGGGGCACAGUGAUGUUUACACACAAUAUCCCCAACCCCGCGCAGCAGGGGCGGAUGGGCACCAUUGAGCCUGGUGCAUGUGGCACGAAAGGGGCCACGCAGUGCCACAGCCCGUAAAGGCCCUGCUGUUUUGCAGCCCAGUUAGACGGUUGUGCCCCAGGUAAAUGACAUUUAAAUUGACAACUCUAAAUGAAGGAUGCGCAGGCAGGCCCGGUGGGUGCUUCCUGGCCCAGGGAGGGCGGGCAAUAGGGCAGAGGAGGGGCCGUAGGAGCUUCUGCAACGAGGCUCUUCUCUGGCAGGCAGCAGUUGUCUUUCCAUGGUGUGAAGGGAGCAGAAUCCCCCCUGCGGCCAGGGCUGCUGCAGGGGGCAGAUGGGGUAGGUGCCUGACAGACAGAGGCACUGGUGCCAGUCCAGCUGCCAAGCAAAAGGCUGCAGUCACUUCCCUGCACUCACACACGCACCCCCGCAGUGAGGAAAGGCAGUUACGGCACCUACCGGCCUGGAGCAAAGCUCCACUGGGAGAGUAAAUCACCCCCAGAUCAGUGGCUGAAACAGGGUGGGGCAGGGGGCGAGGGGAAGGGAGAGGUGCCUUGCUGGGAGACAAGGGAGGGGCAGGCACCUGCUGUUCCACAGGAGGGAUGCGUCUGCCCUUUCCUGUCUCCAGCUGCGUAAGGGCCAGGUGCUUCCCUGGCUUGUAAUCCCAGCCUGCGUGUGGAAGAGCCAUGGGUAGGGUGGUCGGCCUGCCCCACGCUCCGCAGCAGAUGGGUGGAGAAGGGGAGAGAGGCGGUUUCUGGAGCUGGUUGGAUGCUCCUUGGGGAGUGACUCUUCCCCAAGCCGAGCGGUACCCCCAUUCCUUCCUCUCGCCCUGCGUUAAGAGGCAGGACGAGGGCGGAGGAACCACUGGUGCAGUGCUACUUUACUGCAUUCAGGCCGUUUGCUGCUGCCAGCCCCAGGGCUGGAACUGCAGAAGGGCAGAGGCAGAGGGAUCUGGUGUGGUGUGGAGUGAGCAGAGCCCGGGGUCAGUAGCCCCGAGGCGGCGAGGGGCUGACACCCUCCUUGCUGUACCACUGAAGAGCCCCUGGAGGGACAGGGGUUCUCUCGGGCCAGUGACAGUCAGCCUGAGGCACAGGAGCAGCGAGUGGCUCUUUGCAGCACCUGACGUCAGGAUUAACCAAUCAGGAUGCUUUUACUAGAUUAACCACUUGCAGUUGAUAAAAUACUUGGUCAGUCGUUUUGCUGUGAGAAUAACCUAUAAAAACAAUCUUUCCCUGUCAGACUGUUUAAACAGGACGAGUACGAUAGUAAACGGAACGAUGAAUUCA